AUGCCAUCACUUCGUGUGGGGAGUCGCCUAAGGACUUACAAGCCAGGGCUCGAUCGAGUUGAAGCUUGGCCGGUCGAGUUGAGGAACUCGACCGGUUGGUCGAGUAGACGGUCGAGCUGGUCUUCAAGAUGGCUUCUCCCUUCUUCCUUUGCGUAUCCAGUUGAGCUGCUUCCAUGUGCCAAGUCCCUCCAUGCUCCUCAUGUCCCAUAUGCUCCAGAAUGCUCCAAAAGACCUAUUUCAAAGGACCAAACAUGCAUAUAGAUUGAGUCCGAGGAGGAUCCUGAGCCGGAGAAACCAGAGAAAGAAGAAGAGCCUGAGGAGUAUGAAGCCGUGCCUGUCCAAGGCAGACUUUUGGUGGCCAGACGUGUCUUGAGUACUCAAGUCAGAACUGAUCAGGAUGAGCAGCGCGAGAACCUCUUUCACACUCGGUGCUUAGUCCAAGAUAAGGUGUGCAGCUUGAUUAUCGAUGGAGGAAGCUGUACCAAUGUGGCGAGUGAAACUAUGGUUGAGAAAUUGGGCUUAACUAUCAAGGCACACCCGCGGCCUUAUAAGCUUAACUGGCUGAAUGAAACUGGAGAGAUGGGGUCAAGAACCAAGUGGCGUGUGAUCCAUGAUGGAUUCACAAACCGCUAUACUCUUCUUCAUGAGGGCCGUAAAACCACUUUGAUUCCUUUGAGUCCACAAGAAGUCUAUGAAGAUCAGUUACAACUCGCUGGAAAGGAAGUUAAGCCACCUAAAUCUCCUAAGCCAAAGAACUUCCUGGUGAAGCCAAAACAGGUUAAACGUUCCUUGAACUUAAACAAACCUUUUCUCUUAUUUAUAUAUAAGGAACACUUGAUUGGCUUGACUCAUACUCCACCGGAGAUUCCGAGUGAACUAGCUCAACUUUUGCAGGAUUUUAGUGAUGUCUUUCCUGAGGAUAGUCCACCAGGCUUGCCUCCUGUCCGAGGUAUUGAGCACCAGAUUGAUUUUGUCCCCGGCUCCACUUUACCAAACAGGCCGGCUUACAGAACCAAUCCGGUUGAGACCAAGGAGCUUCAGCGCCAAGUGGAUGAACUCAUGGAGAAAGGCCACAUUAGAGAGAGCAUGAGCCCAUGUGCUGUUCCUGUUCUUCUUGUCCUAAGAAGGAUGGAAGCUGGAGAAUGUGUGUCGACUGCCGCGCCAUCAAUAACAUCACUGUAA